AUGAGUUCAAAAAAGUCCGACACUGAGCUUCGUGCGGUCUAUGUCGAGGUCGAGCCGACCAGACAGACAAGCACUCCACUACGUCCUUUUCACCACGCUCGCGUUGUUGUCACUGAUCCUGGUCAGCAUAAACGUGGCGAAGAUUUGACUGAACGAUCGACCGGGAUGGUCUAUGAUCGAGGCGACGGCGUCGUGAUUGGUACGACCCAAAAGAAUAAAGAUUUGGACAUUGUAGCACCAAAGCCGUAUUCUGGGAUACCUGACAACUGGAAAUCAAACUACCGCGGGUUCACUGACAAGUCGCCCGAAGAAAUCCAAAAAAUUUCGGACAACCUUGUGCAAAGCCAAAUCGACAAUGGCGUCAAGUACAGCAUUCCAUACAACAACUGUGCCCACUUUGCAACAACAUUUGCUGAUAAAAUCACUGAGGGAGCACAGUAUAACACUAUCGCUGGAACUGAGGCUUUAGCACGUGGCGACACUGAGGAGGCUAAGAGGCUGGUAAAGACUGCCAGUUGGUCUGAGGAUGUUGGUAAUCGUGUGGACGCUGGGUUUACGGAAUAUCGUGAUCAAUGGCAGCCGGACUGGAGCUACGGAUUCCAUGAGAGAGGAACCUUUUGA